AAUUGCUUUGGCGGUUUAAUCAGUGGUUUGAUUUGUGUUUGGGUUUUGAGAUAAAUUAUACAUUCCUUUAUUUUUGAAAUGACCGACGAUCGCGAAAGGCUACAAACUUUUGGUGAUCUUCAAGUGGUGGAUGCAUCCCAGCUGAAGAAUAUACCCUUAAAAACUAUUGCGCGGAUAUCGCUUAACAGCCUACGUCGUCAAGAGAGCGAUGUCGAGGUGUACGAAUUUGUCUUCGGACAGAUUUCGAAUGGAUUCGAUCCUGACGAAUUCGAGAAAAUCGUUUCCCAAAACCUACUACCUGAGUUUCUCAAACAUUUGGACAAGAUCGUGAUAGAACUGAAAGAUAGUGCUUUGAUAUGUUUCCAAGUGGACAAUCUCAAGUCAUUGCUGCGAUUGGGAAAGGUGCUACUGAACCUGAGCGGAAUCGUCGUUGGAACGGCAGAAACUUAUCAGUUGUACACAACCGUGCCCAUUUUCUUCGAGUUCCUAGUACGCAGUUAUGAUUUAAUUCGUCACAACGGAAAACAAUUCAAACCUGGAACGGACGAGCACGAAUUAAUUAAACAACUCUUUGCAAUCAGCCAGAAGAUUCAACAGUAUAUGGUUGAAUUGUUAGCACCAACUGCGUGCACUGGGUUCUACUUCCAACAUGUAGACGUUGAAAAAGAAUUCGCAUGCUUGAAGGAUGUUAUAACAAAGCUCUGUAGCCUGGGAUGUCUGGCUACUAAAGUCGAUACCAAACUUUCGACAGAAGCUUGGAAAGCGUUGAUUAAUCUCUGUACAAUGUACGGUGUUCAAAUAAGAAAUAAUGAAUCCGCAUGGCUUCACUCAUCCAUGUUACGUAUUAACGAAGAGAUUGAAAAAUCUUUCAACUCUAUAGUAGAUGGCGACAUUGUUCUGGACAAAGGUUUAACAAUAGUUUUGAAAUUAGACAACCUUUUGCUUAAAGUUCUCCUGAAACUGCUGUCAUUGGUUAAGCUUGAAGAGUUUAAUAAUUUCAAAUCUUUACUAAGCACUCUCGUGAAAAUCGAGAACGUAUUGAUUACGAAAAAGUUGGAUAAAACGCUAACAGACACCAUACGGCAGUAUUUGGUCAUCGGUUACAUGAAUAUUGUGAACAUGGCUUACAAACAUUUAUGUUUUGCAAAGGCUUUAUCGUCGUUGGAUGUGGAUACUGAUGAGGAAAUUUAUACUUACUUAACAAUAGUGAAUCACGUCAUUACAAAGCUAAUAACAGACAGGAAAAUUUCAAGUUUAUUGGAUUUGUACACUUUGAAAACAAACAUCCUCAGGACAUGUUGUAAAUCUAUCGCAAAAAGUCACUCUUUAUUCAAUCAGCAACCGGACAGCUACCGUUUGGUAUUGGUGCAUCUAACAGCGUUUGUUAUGAUUUCUGUAAAACAAGCACCGGUCGAACGGCAAAAAGAGGUUGAAAAAACACUCACCAACAUGCUUCUUCAGGAUGCCUAUUGGGUUGGAGUGAUAGGAUUGGAUAUAUGGAGCACAUACCUAAGGUGUUGCUCGAUGAAUCUGCUGUUACAAUAUUUCCGAUUCUGGAAAAAUAUUUACGAUCAGUAUUCCAUGUUUGCAUCGAGGCCGCAAGAGGUUUUCGUUGGCAGAUUGCUACGUAACAUUUAUCUUUUCUGCCCCAGGAUCAUACAGCAAAAAAUUAAACAAGAAUUUGCAUUCACGGAAAUUAACAAUCGUAAAAUGUGGCACGCUGUUGGAAUGAUUCAUUACGAGGAUGAAACAAAAGAUUUAAGAAAACUUUCGAUUUUGCAAGACAUUAAAGAAAGCAGCCCCUUGAAAAAAUCUCAUCUGACUAAACAGAGUAUCUACAGUUUAGUUUAUAGUUUCCAACUUUUGGCAAGUUUGCAAGAGUUUGGUAAACAAGCACUCGAGCAAGUAGUACCAGAUUUGGAAUAUUCCCUGAAAAUAAUUUCGAAAAAUAUCGAUCAAUUUUCGAAAAGCUCGUUGCUCAGUUCAUUACUUAAUGUACUCACUUUAUGUGUGAAAUUUCGCAUACCUUGUCAAAAUGCCGUUAAUAUAGCACUCGAUCUGAUUUCUAAAGGACCAAGUUAUGCAAACAAUGAUUAUUGCGUUUUGAAGUUACUUUUCAUAAAUCGACAAGAUCGAGCUAUUCACCAGCUAAAACAUCAAAUCAUGGUACGAAAUGAAGGAAUUUUGAAAGCAACAGCGAAACGGAUAAGUCACGUUCAGUCGCCAAAACCUUCACGACUAAAUUUUAAAUAUCAACUAACCAGUCAUAAUUGUGACGAAAUCAAGCACGUGUGUUCGACGCCCAUAAAAAUUAAUUUUAAUUUGACUCAACAUAUAAGCGAUAAAAUUGACGACCUUUUUCCUGAAGGCGACAGUUUUGAUUUAUCAGUUGCGGAAAUCGAAUCGGAGGAAGCGAUACAGCCGGAAACGAAAAGAUUGAAAACGGCCGACCAACACUACACGCCCUCAACAAAUCACCCUAAUCGUAAUUUACAAAAUGCCAUCGAUGAAAUUCGACAACAAACCCAAAUUCUUAGCAAGCACCAACUCAAACUUAGUGAAGGACAAAUCAAACAAAUUGACAAUGUCAUUCAGAUGCUUAAUGAAAUACGCAGGGUUAGUUAUAAAUAAAUUGAAGUAUAAGUAAUAAAACAAAAAGAUAUACCUGAAAUAUAAAAUAUAAAAACAACGAAAGAACUGCUAGAUUUGUGUGUU